AUGGCAUCCUCCAUCAUCACCGGCGCCUCCAGCUCCCUCGAGCAAUUUACCUCGCGCGCACGUCCCAAAAUCUCCAUCGAUCUGGAUGGCCAGCAAACCGGUCUGGUCAAUUCCUACACCACCGGCGACUGCAUCCAGGGCACCGUCACCAUCACCGCCGACCACGAUAUCCGAUUCGAUGAUGUCGACAUCACCUUUGAAGGCACCUCGCGCACCUCCGUAGAAAGGGUCACCAUGCCCGGCCGCACUGGCGCCGCGCAAACAUUCCUGCGCCUGCGCCAGCCCAUCGAGCCCACGGCCUACCCAACGCCGCGCGUAUUCGAGCCCGGCCGCACCUAUCAAUUCCCCUUUACUUUCGUCGUGCCAGAUCGUCUUCUCCCGCACGCCUGCAGCCACAAGAAGACCAACCUGCACGUCGAGCGCUCGCACACGCUGCUCCCGCCGUCGCUGGGCGACCCCAUGCUCGCCAGCAACGGCAAAACACUGCUCGACGACCUCGCGCCCACCAUGUGCUGCAUCGCCUACCUCGUGCGCGCCUCCGUCACCCACCGCCCAUCCGCCGACGCAGACCGCAAGACCCUCGCCUCCACCGGCAAGAAAGUCCGCAUCCUCCCCGCCGUCGACGAGGAGCCGCCGCUCAACAUCGCCGACAACGAGGACGUCUACACCCUGCGCAAGGAGAAGAGCGUCAAGCGCGGCCUCAUGCGCGGCAAGAUGGGCCGUCUGGUUGUCGCCGCCGCGCAGCCCAAGCCCGUCCAGCUGAGCGCCCCCGGCGAGGCCUCCGACUCCGACUCGGUUAGCUCCGCCGCCACCGUGCAUCUGCGCUUCGACCCCGUCGCCGGCGAGGCGCCCCCGCGCCUCGGCUCCAUCUGGACCAAGCUGCGCGUGUCGACCUUCUACUCCGCCGAGCCCUGGGGCGACUACCCCUCGCACAUCUGCCCCAUGGUCUGGGGGCAUAUGGGCCGCGGCUGCUACACCGAGACCGUGCCGCUGUCGACGAUGUGCGUGGCGUCGGCGCAGUGGAAGAAGCACUGCGCGGGGGGUGCGAACUUGGGGCGCUGCGAUUCGCGCCAGUCGAGCUCGUCCGAGGAGUCGCUGGCGGGGCCGUCCGCCUGCUUCGCAGGGAGGACCUACUACACCGCGUCGGUGGUGGUGCCCAUCACGCUGCCGAAGAAUAAGGCGUUCGUGCCGACCUUUCACUCGUGUCUGACGUCGCGCGUGUACGCGCUCGACCUGAGUGUCUCCUACCACACGCCCAACGCCAGCAUUUUGACCCCGACGGCGUCGCUGCGCGUGCCCAUCCAGUUGACGUGCCGCCCGCGCGCGGUCGAGCGCGUCAAGGCGCAGGUCGAGAUCUCCCCGGAGGAAGUCGACGCGGAGUUCUUCACCCCGCGCAGCGUGUCGACCCCUGCCCCGGAAACGGUUGUCGUGGCAGAGCAGGAGCAGGCACAUGCGCCACCGGAGUACUCGGCCAUUCGGGCGCCGGAUCGGCCUGGGGUGAGAGCUUGCUAG